GUCUAUUAUACACGAUGGCGGACGAACUUGUCAAAAUCGGAAUAGGGUAAAAUAUGGCAGAGAAAUUGCGCAUCAAUGUGGUUUGUUCAUCCAGAGACAAGCGAUUUCUGGUCCUGGCUGAGAAGGAAUGGACUCUAGCUGCUUUCAGAAGACACACAGAAGAUGUUUUUCACAAAUUAUACCCCAAUGAGCCAAAGCUAAAAAUCUCUGGCUUACAAAAUGAGUUUCAUUUUGAUAUGCCUCUGAUUUACAAAGUGGAUGAGACACUUGUUGAUGCAGGACUUGUGUUUAUUCUUGAGGAAGAAGUAAAUCUCAUUGCAUCAUUAAGCCACACUUCUUCCACUGAAACAAAUUCAUUGGAAUGUAAAUUCAAAGUCCUUGGUAACACAAGGAAACAUGAUGAGACUGCUCAGCAAAAAAGUCCAAAAAAGAGACUGAAAGCUGUCAAGAAAACUUCAAAAAGGAAAAAGAUUCAUACCAGCACUAGGAAUAAAUUUGAAGAAAGUUCCCCUAAUAACAGGGUUACAUCAACGACCAGUCCAAUAGCUGUUGAGCUAGCAAGUCUUCUCCCCCAGAUAGUGGAAAAAAUAUCAGAAGAUUCAGAAGUGGACAUUGAGAGUGUGGAGGACUCAACAGCUCAGUUACAGGGAAAACCAAACAACACCUUGAGAAAAGAAGCAGCCACUACCAAGAAGAAAAGCCAGCUUCUUCUUCGCAAGGCCAGAAAAAUUAAAAGCAAGUCUGCAGUGAAAGAUAAUGGAACAUUACAAAACCCUGAAACUUAAAAAAAAGCCCUCAAGAUUGUUAAUCAAUAUUCCUAGUGUUACGGUAUAAGUUGUCAGUUAAGUACAAUCAUGGAAUGCCUGGUAAGUUAGGUCUGUUUUUCUCCUUAGGGGAGACUUGAAGGGAAGUAUUUUAAUCUGUGUGGUCAAAUAGACUCUUCCUUAUUCCUUAGACCCUCAGAAGUGAUUAACAUGUAACUUCACCUUAUAAUAUCCAUAUGUUAUUUAGCAAACAGGUAUCAAGAAUACUCAAACUUAUCAGGUGGCUAACACCAAAUUCUUGUAAAUAAUUUACAAGGCAAUGUGUUGUAGCUGAAAGGGAGAAUUAACAAUCAGAUUUUGGGAGUUAAAGGAUUAACAUAUCUUUGGUCCCUAUAAGGAAUCAAACCUCAGACUUUGUGAUUCUGUGCUCAGAUGCUCCACCACUGAGCGACAGAAAACUCUGCAGUGAGGCCAACCAUUACCAGGUCUCACUGGUGGGAAGGGAUAGGGUAAAGGUUCGGGAACAGAUGAUCAGGAUAAGUAAUGGUAAUUGAACUGAGUGGACUGCAAUUUGGUUUGAAAUCAUAUUAGUGAUUUCAAAAUGAAAUGAGUGCACAGCACAAGUUUGAUUUGAAAUCAUAAGUAUGAUUUCAGACCAAAAUUGCACAACAGGAAGUUCAAUCACCACUUUAUUACAUCAAUUUUGAAAUCGCAGACUUCAGUUGCUCAGGUACAGGAUUUUUGUAGUCUGUACAAAUGUUUUGUUGAUCCAGUAAUGAGCUGGUUUGUAGAAACUUGAUUGGUUUCCUUAAACAAGCAAUUGGUUGUUGUACUUUAGUAAAGCUUUCUCAUUGGCUCGGAAAAAGAAGCAAUUUAAAGUAAAAAUGGUGCAAUUCGUGAACAAAUUGCACCAGUGAGGGCCAAUCAGAUUACAAGGAACAGCAAUGAUUCCAAAAUAGAUGUAAUAGACAAAUUUAUCCACUGGACCAUUUAAUCUUGAUUAUAAUAUCAAGUUCUCAUUACUAAUGUUUAAUAAAAUGUAUAGAAACUUGAAGGGUGAAUUUCUCCCUAGAUCUUGGGAAUAAAAUUGUCAAAAGAGCUGAUAUUUGGGCUAGGCAGGUAUGUCAUGAGAAAAAUAGGAGAAGAAAAAUUGGCGUUGAAUGAUUGAUAUAUCCAUUCAACAAAUCAAAGUCCAUUUAUUAGGAGUGUUACUUUAUUAAAUCUCUUGGCAACCAUUUUCUUCCAAACAAAUCCACAUUGUUUAAGCCCAUGCAAAACAGAAGAUCACUAUGGACACAAGCUCUUGUUCUUAGCUUGGUACAUUGGUAAUCUUAUAGGCUGGAAAAUCAUGCAGUCUUUGCAGGACUGUAUCUCUGCUUUGAUAUCAUUAAAAAUGUGAAUAAACAA